GCCAAUUUCCCGACAAUCAACGUGAACGACUGCAUUGAACUGUUCAUCACCCUCCCAGUGCAGUGUCGCUCGCGUCUGUCGCGUUUCGUGUCUUGGCAGCACCCGGUCGCGCGGAUAGAAUUUUGAGCAUCCCGACCCCUAAUUGCUCGUUCCCAUUUACGCACUUAGUCCACUGGCGCGGAUAUACCUUGAGCAGACCCGCCUCUACAGGUUCAUAAGAGCCAACUCAUCUUUUAGGUUGGUAGCAGUUGGGUUGGAUACAGCCUUACGGUGACAAGACCCUACCAGCCACUCAAUCUGCAAGUACUCACCCCACUUGGACACAGAAAAGAAGGCUCGUAGAACUUAUCGACAUCUUCUCCACCACCCAUAACUUGAGAUACUUUGUUGUCUAUAUUCUGGGCGGUCUUGAAGAUGGUUAAACACUGUGCAGAUAGCGGAAGGACUGAGGAAGCAGCGUAUGAGACAGGUAAAGUCGAACUUCGGGAUGUCAAAAAAUCCUGGUUAUCUGCCAAGAACACUUUCGUCGAAACUUUCAUCAACGCCCUUGGUGUGUACAAAAAGCAUUGCGAAGACUUGGCUUCCCAAAGGGUUCAGAUAAUACAGCAACUAUCACCCGAGUUUCCCUUUGCUGCCGAUAUUUUAGCUCAGUCAUACAAUAUCCCCCUGCCAGACAAUGGGAUCUUUAUUACACCUGACAUUAUAUUUUCGUACAAGCCGAACUCCGAGGAAGGUACCAGCUCACCAAUCACAUCUAUCCAGCCAAACCAACCGUUGGAUAUUAAGAGCGAUUACCAUGGUGUAGCCGCUGCGGUUGAGUUAGAGAAGCUGGUCAAACCUGACCAAUCUCCAUUGCCAACACUCAAGGCACCAAUUGUAGAGCCCACUGGGCCUGGCGACGUGCCGACUAGUCGCGGUUUGCGUACCCGUCCAGCGAAGCUAUGUCCUCUGAAAACAGAACAACUACCCAUUAAGACCGCCGAAGUCAAUAGAGGGAACUACUGGGUCUUUGAAUACCGUACUCUCGACACGUAUGGGUAUUACGUCCUGCGGUGCCCCUCUGACAAUUGCAGCAACCCAGUCUUUUCCAAGAAUCCACUCUGCAACAACAGGGCAGAACAGCACUUUGAGAAGUGUGGCUAUCCCUUCAAAGGUCUGAGCCAUAUGAUUCUGCAUCAUGCACGAGCAGUCAUUACAGGUCGAAGAAAUCGCGAAGUAACUCAGUCCUGGGCUCGAAAACAUAACAGGAAAUUGUUGGCCGGUGACGAGGUACAUCUUGAAAAGGAGAAUUUUGCGGAAGAUUGAAUGUCAUCAAAAUCCGCUCGGACAUACUUAUCUUGGCUUACCCAACCACGUAUUAAAAAAAACUCGCUGCAUAGACACAACUUUACACACUGCACGAGGCUGUUGCACUCAUACAACUAUAAUAGCCUCGCGUAAAGUCGUGAUCUAGAGAUAUUACACCC